GGUGCCAGUAUGGAGGCUGUGGAGGAGUUUGAUGUCGAUGUCGAGGGGGACGCGACGGCGGGGGCUGUUGGAGACGCGGAGCCGGGAAGCUAUGAUAAUCCGUCAUCCAGUUUACUCCAAGAUCACUACCUUGACUCAACUUGGAGAACUGAUAUGGGUCUUCCAUGGAGUCUUGAUAGCACAAUUAGUGAAGAAAACAAGGCUGCCAUUGAGAAGAUGUUGUUGGAAGAAGAAUACUAUCUGUCUAGCAAGUCACUUCCAGAAAAAAUUUGGCAUGAGCUGAAGGAAAGUGAUAAAAAGUGCUCAAAAAGUCUACACAAGAAAGAAGCAAAAGUCACGUUACGUUCCCCUACAAAACCAAAUAGCGGAUCACUAAAGUGGACAGUGGAAGAAAAAGAGCUAUUUGAGCAAGGACUGGCCAAAUUUGGCAGAAGAUGGACAAAAAUUGCCAUGAUGAUCGGAAGUCGCAAUGUUCUUCAAGUAAAGAGCUAUGCCAGACAGUACUUUAAGAACAAGGCAAAAUCUGAUGGCUCAGAGAAAUUGGAACAAGGACAGUUGGACAACAUUCCUAUUCCCGCUAGCAAUGAGGAUAAUGAAGCGAAGGUGGUGUCAUGGACAUCUACCCACUUAAGAGGUCGGGCAGACCCUAAUCUCAAUGCAGUCAAAAUUGAAAAAUUAUCAGACGAUGAGGAAGUAGAUAUUACAGAUGAAAUGGAUGAACUGCUUUCUUGCGCAUCUCAGCAAGAACCUGGAAAGUCUGAAGUAUUGGAUAUUCCAAAGAGUCCAUUAGGACCCAGCAGUUGGACAGAACCCAUUUUGGAGUCUGCUGAACCCAAGUCUACAGUUCUCUUAACUAAAAGUUAUGUUUCAAGCCCAAAGCAAAGCACAGUUGAGAGUCCAGAAACUGCAACACCAUGCUCUGAGGAUAGUGGACACAGACCUAUGAAAUCAGAAAAUCAGAAGUGCGACAGAACAGGAACUUCUGAUGGUACCGACUGGUUUUCUAGUCCAGAGCUUUGUGGGGAACAGAGAGACUUCACUGAUAACAGCAUUCUUUUCCAUCAUUCUGAGCACUUGGAAGAGGAGAAUCAGAUGGAUGUAGAGGAGCUUAAGCCGCCUGAUCAAGAAGUGAAAAUAGAUAGAAAUACCAUAUUAGAAGAAGAAAAGCAAGCGAUACCAGAGUUUUUUGUGGGGCGUCAGGCCAAAACACCUGAGCGCUAUCUGAAAAUUAGAAACUACAUUUUGGAACAGUGGGAAAGAAUAAAACCAAAAUACCUGAACAAAACUUCGGUACGCCCAGGGCUGAAGAACUGUGGUGAUGUCAACUGCAUAGGGCGGAUACACACAUACCUGGAAUUGAUAGGAGCAAUUAACUUUGGCUGCGAGCAGGCUGUAUAUAAUAGACCUCAGACAACUGACAAGAUACGGCCCAGAGAAGGCAAGGACACUAUAGAUGCAUAUCACCUUGUGCAACGGCUGCAGUCUAUGCGUACAAGGAGACGGCGUGUCAGAGAUCCGUGGGGAAACUGGUGUGAUGCCAGAGAUUUGGAAGGACAGACUUUUGAGCACCUCUCUGCUGAGGAGCUAGCGAAGAGGAGAGAAGAGGAGAAGCAUAAACCACCAAAAGCAUCUAAAGGACAAAGGCACACAAAAAGUUCAUUUGAUCCCUUUCAGCUGAUUCCUUGCUGUUCCUUCACAGAAGAAAACCCAGAGCCAUUCCAAGUAACAGUAGGUGCAGAGGCACUUCUGAUCAUGGAUUUGCAUGCUCAUGUUUCAAUGGCUGAAGUAAUAGGCCUGCUAGGUGGAAGAUACUCUGAAACGGAUGGUAUAGUUGAAGUUUGUGCAGCAGAACCCUGCAAUAGCCUCAGCACAGGAUUGCAGUGUGAAAUGGACCCUGUAUCUCAAACUCAGGCAUCAGAGACACUUGCUGCUAGAGGUUACAGUAUUAUUGGGUGGUAUCAUUCUCACCCUGCCUUUGAUCCUAAUCCUUCAAUACGAGAUAUUGAUACCCAGGCAAAAUACCAGAGCUAUUUCUCCAGAGGUGGGUCAAUGUUUGUUGGAGUGAUCAUAAGUCCUUAUAAUCGAAAUAACCCUCUUCCAUAUUCCCAGACUACUUGUCUGGUAAUCAGUGAUGAGACUAGUUCUGAUGGAUCCUACCGUCUGCCAUACAAAUUUGAAGUGCAACAGAUGUUGGAAGAACCUCAGUGGGAAUUAGUAUUGGAAAAAACACGGUGGAUAAUUGAAAAAUACAGGAUGUCUCAUAGCUGUGUGCCCAUGGAUAAAAUCUUCCAUAGAGAUUCAGAUCUGACCUGUCUGCAGAAGCUAAUGGAGUGUAUGAGGAAGACUCUGGACAACGUGGCAAAUAGUUUCAUUGUUGAAGAAUUCCUGGCACAGCUAGAAAACCUAUUCCUGUCAACCUACAAUAAUGAGGAGUGGAAUGAUACCAUGGAAGAAAAUAGCAUGUGUUCAAAUGACCUGCCAACAUGAUGGUUUUGAAAAGAGUAAUUGCUCACUUUAUAAUAAAGUGUCCGUGCUUGACAGUGACAGCAACCAGUGUGGCUCAAGAAAAUGACUGCUACUGAAAAACAAUAUGAAACAAUCAUGACAAACUAUCCGAACUCAAGCAUAACAUCUAAUCUUUUAAAAUUAUGGUUGCGUUGCAGAGAAAUGAAGGAACCAUUUGGCAGCCACCACUUGUACAAUACUGUUGCACCAUAUUGGUUGCCCCGAAUAACUGAAGUGAUAAUGUUCUACUUGGACCAAGAGAUAUUAGCAAAUUGAUGUUCAAAUAAUUACAUUGCGUAUGUUGUCAUUUAAGAAACACCACUAUAUAGUAUGUCACAGUGUCUCAUCUAAACUAUCUGGGUAUUGGCAAACACAUUUGUCCAAUUGAUAAAUUGAAAUGUGUUGUAUAUUGCUGAGAGCCGGAAGGAAGGGGAAAUCGUUUUGAAGAUGACAGUGCCAGGAUUCCUCAUGGAGACUCUCAGCUUUGAGCUUCUCAUUUGUUGACACACGCUCAGCCUGUUCAAGAGUCCGACUGCUCAGGAUGGAAGAGCUGAAUGACAAAAACAAGAUUGGCCUAAUGAAUCCUGUAGGAUCGGUCAUUCUUGUUCAGUCGUCAAGAACUGGGGAAAGAACGCUGAGACUUGCCAAAGAUUAUACAACCAGGCUUUCCCACCUUGGUGUCCUCUAGGUGUGUUGGACUAUAACACCUGCCAUCCUCUUGUCAUCCCCGUGUGUGGAAGGCACCAGAGUGAGGAGAGCUGUUAUAGAGACCAACGGCGCAAUCCUAUGCAUGUUUAAACAGAAAAUAAAUAAAUCCUACACUUCCCAACAUUCCUUCCUGCCUGGAGAGUGCUGGCAGUUGUAGGACUUCUUUCUGUCUAAACAUGCAUUGCAUUGUGCCUAAAGGAUAUUAUAAAGACUAAGAAUAGUCUGUAGAAGUUUGUGGACUAAUGUGUAGCAUAGAGAUGUGGAGGCUUGUAAAAAUUGGGGGCAAAUGAAAAAAACAAAUCGCGUACUUUUCUUUUUCUUUUUUUCAGGGACUUUUGGAAAAUUUGGGGGUGGGUGGGAAUGGAACAAAACAGCCUUUUUAAAAACCAAAACAAAAAAUCCUCAGACUUGCCACCACUACUACCCCAUCAGGUAGUUUGUUUGUUUUUAAAGAGAUUUUAAGAGACCAGGGAAAGAAAUGGAAAAUGUGAAUAAAAGACUGGUUUUUUUCCCCCAAGGAACUUUGAUUUCUUUCUGAAAAAAUGAGCCAAUUUGGAUUAUGGAAUAUUUUAUUUUUGACAGAUGGAUAAAAUGUUUUAAGACAAUUUGUUUAUGUAGUGCUACCUGGCCUUUACUUCCCCAAAAUGAUUUCUAGAAACUACUUAAUAGGAAGACUUUUAUGUAAGAGUAGAUAUGUAAAAUUUCUGGAAAUCCAGAAGCCAUGGAGGGAGAUGUACCUCUCUGCAAGAUUCCAGCAUAGUUAUUUCUUCCAUUUUCCCAAUAGGUCUCUAGAGUCCCCAUAUCAUAAUUAUCUGCAGAAAAUGUACAUUUUUGACAGUUUGGGUUUUGUUUCUUCUGGUCAGAUGCUGCAGCACUUAACAGGGCUGUUUGCAUGACACAACAGUUUACCAUGGUUUAUUUAAUCCACAAUGAGUUUCAGUGACAGUGGCCGCCAGAUUGCCGGUGUAACCCCCUGUCGUGUUGUGCAAACUUGGUGAGUGUAGGUUAUGUGAUGGUUAAACAACCAUCAUAUAAUCCAUGGUCUGUUUUCGGGUUAUACGAGAGUUGUUUAAAUAACUCAUGAGAACUUGCAGCAUGUCUUCUGAACCUGGUCAUUAAAUGUAGUUCUAAAACACAUUUGAGGCAAACAACGUGGGUUGUUCCCCACUGCCACCACAUGUGAUAGAACAAUGUGUAGGACAUCCCCCUAUGUUUCUUUAAAAACAACAACCCAAAACUCUUUGAGGCUUGGGUCUUUAAUGAAGUUCUGAAUUAUACCGCGCUGUUAGAAAUACCACCUUUAAUCACUAACACCAAAAUAAACCCUCUGUAUCUAAAAGAAACUAUAUUCUGGUUUCCAUGGUGUACGCGUGGUCAUUGACACCACCACUAGAGACAGCUGCUCAAAAUGACAAAAUUCAAGAUGUUUAUUAAAGAGAAUAAUUCACAAAAAGCAGGGGGAACAUCUUAUAUUUCGUUUAGACAUUUCUUAAAGGUCUUUAAAUUAAAUAUGCUUGGUUAUCAUUUCUAAUAAAUUAGAUAAACUUCCCAGCUAAAUAAGCUGUCAGUGGCCCAGAUCACAUGCCACAAUAACACAGUUAAAAAAAAAUCCGGAUUUUUGUGAAUAAGGCAUUGUGCUGGUGAACACUGCCCACUUGAUCCCUCUGCAACUGGGAGCAACUGAACAAUCCAGGGACAUUGGUUGUUUAGCUGCUUCUGCCUGCAGCAGGAGUGAUCGGGUUGCAUGUAGCAGCACACUGCUUCAUCCACAAUAACCCAGAACUUUUAAAAAUUCUGGGUUAUUGCAAUGUGUGAACUGGGUCAAUGGCUUUUCUUUUCACCAGAUUUCCUUAAACUCUAUCCCAAUCAAUUCCUCACAAACAGGAGUAGAUACUGUGAUUCACAAACUACUUCCUUAGUGAGAUAUUAAAAAGGAACCAAAAAUGUAUUAUGUAUUUCUUGGCUUGUUCAUAAAGUUAUCACAUUUGGUAUAUUUAAGGCAAUUGCAAAUUUACUGUGUUUACUUUGGAUUUUAAUGAUAAUUUUGUAAGCAAAACCAAGUUAUGCAUAAUAUAUUUUUGGUUCCAAUACUGACUAUAGGUCUGUGAAAAAGAAAAGAAGGUAUUGUAUAAUUAUUCAAUUUCUUCUAAAUUUGCAUUCCCCGCCCCCUUCAAAAUUUCUGAUUUUUUAAAACUUUUCCAGGCAUUCACAUCUCUGGUGUAGCAUGUUCCACUCUAGCCAAUUCAGUUCCAGUGUAGGACUAGGCUAGCACGACUGUCAUUUUGCCGGUAUGUAAGCUGUGCACCUAAUGUUUAACGUUGUAUUCAUAGGGGUAUGUAUAACAAGUCUUUUCUCAAUGGACUUCAUUUGACUCAUUCAUUUGCAUGUAAGGGCCCUAAAGUCAUAGUGCAGUAGGUAUGGUUGCAUUAAUUUUGAAAUAUGACCUAUACAUUAGUUGCUACACAGUUAUCCCCAUCAAAUUACAUGUGCUAUAACACAUCAUUUGUCCCAGCAAGAUUCUAGCAUAGCGCAGGAUUAUAUUGCUUUGUGGGGUGGGGGAAUCAAAGCGAUGGUGCGUGUUUGGGGGGAUUUAUCAUUAUUAUUUUGCAGCUUCAAAUUUUUAUUGAAUAAUGUUUACAUCUAUAUUGUAAAUGUGCGUGAAAAUGUUGUAAAUAUUGUGUAUUUGUACAGAUAAGAAUUACAAGACUACCUGACCCUCAUGUUAAAAAGCACAUUACAGAUAUAUUUGCCCAUGACAUGUUCUUAUCAGUAAUUGAAAGGGUUUGAUCACUAAAAUAACGGAAAGGACUCUUCUUGACAACAUUGGCUCUUCAAUAAACUGUGUGAUGAUGUUUAAA